AUGCCUCCUCCUUCCUCGAGAUCCGAAGUCUUAUCUCACCUUCGCGAGCUGAUUAGAAAUGGAAAACCAGUUGUCGGCGCGGGUGCCGGCACAGGUCUUUCUGCCAAAUUCAUCGAAGCGGGAGGCGCUGAUCUUAUAAUCAUCUACAAUUCUGGCAGAUUCAGGAUGGCAGGUCGAGGCUCUCUGGCUGGCCUCAUGCCCUAUGGUGAUGCCAACGCCGUAGUGGUGGACAUGGCAAGCGAGGUUUUGCCGAUCGUCAACAAGACGGGUGUGCUUGCUGGAGUGUGUGGCACAGAUCCCUUCCGCAUCAUGCCCAAAUUUCUCGAGCAAUUGAAAGGUAUGGGCUUCUGUGGAGUACAGAACUUUCCUACGGUCGGCCUCAUCGACGGCACGUUCAGAGCAAAUCUUGAGGAGACAGGAAUGGGCUAUGACAAAGAGGUGGCUAUGAUUGCGGAAGCACAUAAGUUGGAUCUGCUAACGACGCCUUACGUUUUCAAUGUGGACGAGGCUGAGCGCAUGACCCAUGCAGGCGCGGAUUGCUUGGUAGCACAUAUGGGUCUGACCACGUCUGGAAGCAUUGGUGCAAAGACUGGAAAAUCACUCGACGACUGUGUCCUGUUAAUUCAGGAUAUACGAGACGCUGCAGUCAAGAUCAACCCCGAUAUAAUUGUUCUAUGCCAUGGUGGCCCGAUUGCCGAACCGAAGGAUGCGAGCUUUGUUCUCAGUCGCACGAAAGGUGUGCACGGAUUCUUCGGCGCCAGCAGUAUGGAACGGUUACCGGUUGAGACUGCUAUAACGAACACUACCAAGGAGUUCAAGGGUCUGAAGAUCAACGGCUUAUGA